AUGGAGGUUUAGGUGUUAGGUUUUGCUGUAUGCGAGAAACGUCGGGGUUGAGUUUCGCACCUGAAGUAUUCUGUUCAGUACGACCAAGUCUUGUGAAAAAGUUGUUCAAAGUUUCCGCUACCUUUCUUUGGUCCCUUACGACACUUCCAUUGUCCUUUAAUACAAUGCGCCCAUAAUGUUUAUUCUUGUGUGAAUUAAUUUAAGGCUAAAUUGUAACCUAAACCUGUCUUUGAUUUGCAUAUUUGUCUACACAUGGUCAUUUAACAUAGCCCUGUAAUACUUUUCUUCUGAUGCUGACAAUUUUAUUUUUGAUUAAUCGGUAAUUUUCCCAGUAUUCUGAAUUUCUAGAUUUGUUACAUUUCUCCUUCAGACCAUCGCGUUCCCUCAUGGCUUUGUGCAUGUCGGGUGUAAUGAAUUUCGAUCCUGUUGUACGUCGCUUAUUUAUGGUGACAACAGGUGCAUCUCCAUCAAGGACAACAUUGUAAGGUUUCUCCCAACACCAGUAAACAUUGUCAGGGUCGUCAAAAGCGGACACGACCGAGAAAGGCACUAUGCGUAGGUCUCAGAGAAAGGCAUCCUGAUUGAAAUUUUUAAAGGAUCGCCUUGUAACAAUGUCGGCUCUAGGGCGCAUCAGUUUUGUGUUUAACCCAGCGUAGAUCAGGCAGUGAUCACUACGGCCUGUCUCUAUGACGCCAGAGUCUUAAAUGAAAACUGGGACAUUUGUAAGAAAGACAUCCAGACAGGGAGCAGUGUUCUUGGAAAUCUGUGUCGGACUUGUGAUAAGACUGGCGAGAUCGUAAACAUCGCAAAUAUCUAA